CUCCCAAAACUCCCCACUCCCUCAUCACAAACCCCAGCUCGCUUCAAAUGUCGAGCGACGCCGACCCCGCCUCCUCCAGCCGCCCGCCGGAGCUCGUCUCCGCCGGGAUCCGGCCCAGUCCCGACCCUCUGCUGAUCGUCUGCAGGUGCUUCAGAUUCCUCACCGCCGUCGUCGCCGUCCUCUGCGUCUCCGUCAACGUUCUCUCCGCCGUCAGAUCCUUCAAGAACGGCGCCGAUAUCUUUGGUGGAAUAUUUCGGUGCUAUGCGGUUGUGCUUGCGCUGUUCGUGGCGGUUGCCGAGACCGAAUGGAGCUUCGUUAUGAAGUUCUGGAGGGUUUUGGAGUUCUGGGCAGGUAGGGGAGCGCUACAGAUAUUUGUUGCUGUGAUGACCAGAGCGUUCCCUGAUUUCGAGGGAGAGCGAGAAGAGAUGGUGCUGCUUCAGGAGAUUGCAAGUUAUCUGCUUCUUGCAUGUGGUUUGACCUAUGUCAUCUCGGGUGUAUUGUGCAUUGGCUUCCUGAAGCGUGCACGCCAGCAUAAGGAAAUCACAAGAGAUCAAGCAGCGAAAGAUUUAGAGGAACUCGAAAGGCGCAGGGAAGAACUUGAAGCAAUGCUAAUUGGAGAAAGAGUUUAAGAAGCGCAUGCAACUUUAGGUUACCCCAGUGUCCAAUCAUACAAUACAAACAGGGGGAUUAUCUACCUGUGAUCCCCUGCUUCAGUUAAUUUGCUUCUUCCAUGGGGCUCCAAGAGGUUAAAGUUUAGGCCUUGUUUCAUGUAUAAUAUGUACAUAUAUUGCUGAAUGGCAAAAUGCACUACUUGUUUAAGGUUUGAGAUAGACUCUCUGGAAGCAAUAGAAUUCCAUCGGCUAUUCAGAGAAGAAAA